UGAAACGUCAGGUGAUUAUGAAACCAGCGUCAGCAUGUCCUACAGGAAAAGGAGAAAAACUCCGUGUACACACAUCCCCAAAGGGAAUUCCCAGGAUUGCACUUGUGUUGACUAUUUAUUAAGACUCAGUAGGCAUGUUCUUCCACAACCCUUCUAAGGAGAGCGAGCGUUUCCAGAACACUUUCCAGUUCUCGAGAUGAAAAUCUGGGGUCUCAGCAUGACUGACAGGCCCAGUUUUAUUCUGCCACUUCUUCAAAUUUGGAUCUGUCUUCUUGUGGCAGAAUCUACUUCAAAAUGCACCAUCAAAGAUGAUAAAGCCUACUGUGUCCUGAGAAACCUGUAUGAGGUGCCAGUUUUGCCUCCCUAUAUAACGUAUUUGGAUCUAACCUUAAAUGACAUUAGUGAAAUCCACGAGAAAUCCUUCUAUGGUUUGGAAGCGCUACAAAUCCUUGUGAUCCAGCAACAGCAAAGAAGACUUAUCUUGAGGAAUAAUGCCUUUAGCCGACUGUCCAAUCUGACAAAACUAGAUCUGGCAUACAACAAGAACCUACAAGUGGAUCCAGGAGCAUUUAAUGGAUUAUUCAACCUUCAGAUACUCAAUCUUACAGAGUGCAAGUUACAUGACUCUAUUCUUUCAGGAGACUACCUGAGACCGCUUGUGUCUCUGGAGCAGCUUUCACUACCUGGAAAUAAUAUAGGUAAAAUCCAUCCCGCUUCUUUCUUUGUCAACAUGAGCAAAUUGCAUAUUGUAGACCUCUCUAAUAACUGGAUUAAAAGUUUUUGUGAAGAAGAUUUAUUCCAUUUUCAAGGCAAAAACUUCACUCUCCUUAAACUUCGUGACAUCAAAAUGUUUGACAUGAAUCCAUAUUGGUCUGGAUGGAACAAAUGUGGAAACCCGUUCAAGAACAUGUCUAUGACGGUGCUUGAUUUGUCUCUAAAUGGCUUCAGUGUUGACAAGGCAGUGCUGUUCUUUAAAGCAAUCAGAGGAACCAAAAUUCACAUUCUGAUCCUUAAUGACAGCGGCAACAUGGGAAAGGGAGUUUGGUACAAUAAUAUGAAAGACCCAGACAGGAAUACAUUUAUGGAUCUGGCCGAGAGCGGCAUUAAGGCUCUGGAUCUGUCCAAAGCUAGCAUUUUUGCUCUUAAAAAUUCAGUAUUCCUUUAUAUGCCAGACCUGGAGGAAAUCUCAUUAGCUCAUAAUUCAAUCAACCAAAUUGAAAGAGAUGCUUUUUAUGGACUGGACAAUUUAAGAAUGCUCAAUCUGUCUCAUAACCUUUUGGAUAAAAUCGAUUCUGGAAUGUUUAACAAUUUACGAAGUCUUGAGACACUGGAUUUAUCUAACAAUAACAUAAGAAUACUUAUGUCUGAGUCAUUUCAAGGACUGCCCAAUUUGCUUCACCUAUCUCUCUCAGAAAAUUCAUUACAAUAUGUACAUACAUUAGCACGCCUUCCACAACUCAAAAAGCUCUUCUUAGACAAUAACAAAAUUACAUCAUUAUAUGGUCUUCCAAGCCAAGCAAGAAACAUCACAACUCUUGAUUUGAGGCACAACAGAUUAAGUAAUGCUGAGAGCUUCUACACCGUAUUAGUGGAAUUCCCCAAUAUUGAAGUAAUAUAUCUUGGAGGCAACGUGUUUUCACGGUGUGUCCUUAAUGCUAAAUAUUUUGUGUCACCUUUAAACAAUGUACAAUUUCUUGACCUCCACAUGACCGGCUUGCAAAAUCUCUGGUUACGUGGACAGUGUCUCGACAUGUUUGACCACCUUCACCAAUUGCAGACACUUUUUCUUCAACAAAACAUGAUAAAUUCUCUUCCCAAAGACAUUUUCAAGGGACUCACCUCGUUAAAUGCUUUAGAUUUAUCCUUCAACUCCUUAAUGUACAUGUCUAACAAUAUAUUCCCUAAAAGCCUGAGGAUACUCAAGCUUGGUCACAAUCAUCUCGGUUCUGUUGAUCCACGAGCCUUCAGCACCCUGACCUCAUUAGAGUUGUCUGGAAACCGCUUUCUUUGUGAUUGUAGCCUGAGAGACUUCCAGAAGUGGUUAAGUCAGACAAAUGUGAAAAUGUUUUCUCCUGCUGAGGAACUGACCUGUGAGUAUCCCGAACAGCAGCGAGGAAAAUCUCUUCUGGAUGCUGCAUUGUGCAAGGACAAAAAGUAUAGGCAGCAGGACGUUGCGAAACCCGUGCAAACAGGAGAACGUGAAGAGCAAAGCGGGAAGCUCGAGAAGGAGAAAGGAAGAAUUUCGCCAUUCCGAGCGGAUGUGGCUGUUUUCUCAUUUCCGUCCAGCGCGAGCGCGAGCGGAAUUCCCAGGUUUACACUCGUACAGGUGCCAGCUGUUUACUGCAAGCCCCCGGGAACUUUCCCCUCACAGCCUCACUCCUCCAGGGAGCAAGAGCUACCACACAGCUGGAGAGGAAGUCUGAUCCGGGGUCUCAGCAUGACUGACAGGCCCAGUUUUAUUCUGCCACUUCUUCAGAUUUGGAUCUGUCUUCUUGCGGCAGAAUCUACUUCAAAAUGCACCAUCAAAGAUGAUAAAGCCUACUGUGCCUUGAGAAACCUGUAUGAGGUGCCAGUUUUGCCUCCCUAUAUAACGUAUUUGGAUCUAACCUUAAAUGACAUUAGUGAAAUCCACGAGAAAUCCUUCUAUGGUUUGGAAGCGCUACAAAUCCUUGUGAUCCAACAACAGCAAAGAAGACUUGUCUUGAGGAAUAAUGCCUUUAGUCAACUGUCCAAUCUGACAAAACUAGAUCUGGCAUACAACAAGAACCUACAAGUGGAUCCAGGAGCAUUUAAUGGAUUAUUCAACCUUCAGAUACUCAAUCUUACAGAGUGCAAGUUACAUGACUCUAUUCUUUCAGGAGACUACCUGAGACCGCUUGUGUCUCUGGAGCAGCUUUCACUACCUGGAAAUAAUAUAGGUAAAAUCCGUCCCGCUUCUUUCUAUGUCAACAUGAGUAAACUGCAUAUUGUAGACCUCUCUCAUAACUGGAUUAACAGUUUUUGUGAAGAAGAUUUAUUACAUUUUCAAGACAAACACUUCACUCUCCUUAAACUUCAUGACAUCAAAAUGUUUGACAUGAAUCCAUAUUGGUCUGGAUGGAAUAAAUGUGGAAACCCGUUCAAGAACAUGUCUAUGACGGUGCUUGAUUUGUCUCUAAAUGGCUUCAGUGUUGACAUGGCAGUGCUGUUCUUUAAAGCAAUCAGAGGAACCAAAAUUCACAUUCUGAUCCUUAAUGACAGCGGCAACAUGGGAAAGGGAGUUUGGUACAAUAAUAUGAAAGACCCAGACAGGAAUACAUUUAUGGAUCUGGCCGAGAGCGGCAUUAAGGCUCUGGAUCUGUCCAAAGCUAGCAUUUUUGCUCUUAAAAAUUCAGUAUUCCUUUAUAUGCCAGACCUGGAGGAAAUCUCAUUAGCUCAUAAUUCAAUCAACCAAAUUGAAAGAGAUGCUUUUUAUGGACUGGACAAUUUAAGAAUGCUCAAUCUGUCUCAUAACCUUUUGGAUAAAAUCAAUUCUGGAAUGUUUAACAAUUUACGAAGUCUUGAGACACUGGAUUUAUCUAACAAUAACAUAAGAAUACUUAUGUCUGAGUCAUUUCAAGGACUGCCCAAUUUGCUUCACCUAUCUCUCUCAGAAAAUUCCUUAAAAUCCCUGCAUACGCUGGCAAACCUUCCAAAACUUAAAGUACUUUACUUAGACAGUAACAAAAUUCAAUCCCUGUAUGGUCUUCCAAGCCAAGCAAGAAACAUCACAACUCUUGAUUUGCAGUACAACACAUUAAGUAAUGCUGAGAGCUUCUACACCGUAUUAGUGGAAUUCCCCAAUAUUGAAGUAAUAUAUCUUGGAGGCAACGUGUUUUCAUGGUGUGUCCUUAAUGCUAAAUAUUUUGUGUCACCUUUAAACAAUGUACAAUUUCUUGACCUCCGCAUGACCGGCUUGCAAAAUCUCUGGUUACGAGGACAGUGUCUCGACAUGUUUGACCACCUUCACCAAUUGCAGAUGCUUUUUCUUAAUAAUAACUUCAUGCAGUCACUUCCAGAAAACAUUUUCAAGGGACUCACCUCUUUGAAUUAUUUAGAUUUAUCCAUCAACUCUCUAACCUAUAUACCUAAUGGCAUAUUUCCCAAAAGUCUGAGGAUACUCAACCUUGCUUACAAUAAUCUCGGUUCUGUUGAUCCACUAGCCUUCAGCACCCUGACCCUCAUCAGCUUGCUUGGGAACCACUUUCUUUGCGAUUGUAGUCUGAGAGACUUACAGACAUGGUUAAAUCAGACAGAUGUGCAAAUGUAUUCCCCUGCUGAGGAACUGAUGUGUGAGUUUCCUGAAGUGCAACGAGGGAAGCCUCUUCUGCAUGCUAAACUAUGUGAGGAUGAAGAGGAUGAGAAGAAGAUCGAGGAGCUGAGGCUCACACUUUUCAUCUGCUGCACCAUACUUAUUAUGCUAACCACCACAGGGGCUAUUAUUUUUGUCCGGCUGCGUGGCUACUGCUUCAAGCUUUACAGAAAGGCAAUUGUUAGGUCUAAUAAACAACGCCAAAAUUUUCCUGUUAACGAUGGCUUCACGUACGACGUCUACUUAUGUUUCAGUUCUAAUGAUAUCAAAUGGGUGACAAAGGCACUGCUGAAAAAGCUAGACACACAAUUCUCUGAUCAAAACGAAUUACGCUGUUGCUUUGAAGCACGAGACUUCAUACCGGGAGAAGACCAUCUAUCUAACAUGCGUAACGCAAUCUGGAAGAGUAAGAAGACAUUAUGCAUCUUGUCGAGAGAGUUCUUUAAGGAUGGCUGGUGCUUGGAGGCCUUCAGUCUGGCCCAGACCAGAAUGCUGGAAGAGGUCAAGGAUGUCUUGCUGGUGCUUCUUGUGGACAACAUACCACAUUACAAACUGAUGAAAUAUGACCUGGUCAGAACCUACUUCCAGACCAGGAAGUAUCUCUGCUGGCCAGAAGAUAGCCAAGACUUGGAGUGGUUUUACAACCAUCUUAAACAUAGCAUAUUAAAAGACACCAAAGUCAAGCAAGUGAAAAAAGACGUUGAAACAAACGACAAAGCGACAGACUGUGAAGCAGUAACUGCAUUUUAAUCCAUGGAUAUAUCAGUGGAAAGAUAUGAAAAACAUGGAAACAUACAAGAAGUUGUGAAUGUAUUAGGUACUAGAUUAAUGUACCUAUAACUGGUGUCUUAAUGUUGACUGAAGAUACAGUAUAUCCAUUAGCUAAAGAAUAAAACACCCCGAAGUUGAUUACAGCACAAACCAAAGUGUUUUAUUCCUCUUAUACCACAGCAAUUUGCCAAUGCUCACACUGAUUAAAGAACAUUGUCAUUUUUAUCCAUGUUUUAUUACAUUUAAUGUAGUGUUACAUUCGCAAAACAAGUUACUUCCUAUUAUCACAUACAUUAUAGCAGCUAUAAACAGUUGUUCCCUCACCAGUCUCUCUUUUUUCCCUCGCAUGAAGUAAAUAAGACAAAAAACUGCAACUUGUCAAGUUACAGAGAACCUGAAAGUGUAAACUCAUCUGUCCUGUAGAUGUUGGAAAACCCUGAUUUUUACAAAGCAGUGGCACUGGAGACUCCUUCCAUAACUGUUAAAUAAACACCUCCUUACAGAAAACAUUAUAUGGAGCGUCCACUGAACGAGGCCCUGUGUAAGUUGUUACUAUAGAAACGAUCACGUAUUAGAAAGUGUACAUUAAUAUAAACCUUUGAUUUGCAGCUGAUUAGCAGCUCUGAAGGCAGUGAAAAAAAACUGUAGAAAAUCAAUAUCUUCUGAGCAAAUUAGAGAAUUCAACAGCAAAAUUCAGACAUUUUUUAACUUACCCCAAAUGUAAUCAGCCAAGUUAUUGUUAUUAUUUAACCUUUACGUUUGUUCGCUACUUUUCCAAGCUCUGCCUAGUUGCACAGCUUCGAGAUGUCUACUGUAAGAAGUAAUCAGUUUUUUUCAGCAUUGGGGGACAAUUUUACGAGGGUCCUUCUGAUGAACUCGCAAUUAUAUUUCUUUUUUAGAAACCAGUCUUGAGUUAUUUUGGCUGUAUGUGUGAGAUUGCUGUCCUACUGAAACAUCCUUCCUCUCCCCAGAUUCAGUUUCAUGUUUCCUUCAAAGAACAAGUCUGUGAAGGUGACUAACCCAGCCUUUGCUUAAAAAAAUAAGUACCUCAGCAAACAUGUUUAUUAUACUCUUAGUAGGGGCCUUAUGCUCCUGUGUAUUUAGUCUUACGCCUCAGCAGCAGUGUGGUGGAAAUUUGGCCUACGCCUUUUCUGUAGAAAUCGCUCGCAAUUUGUCUGACGUUCAUAAUGCAUUGUGUUGGGUCUGCCAUUACACUGGUACUCAGUGGUCGUCGUUUCCCUUAGACAAUCAUACCACAGCGUAGGUCAACAAGAACAGCAGACUGCCGCUUUUCGCUCAGGUCAUAACAUGACUGACCAAGUGCCUGGCUGUAACUUCGGCAUGAAUGCAUGUCAUGGUCUCCCUGGGGGAAAUUGCACCCCUCCCCCUGCUGUGCUCCUGAUAACUCUCAAAACGUCACCGAUAUCAUUCACCAUAUGAGAGAAGCUAUAAUCACUCUACCGCCAGCUGAUGACUGCGAUAGUCAUUUUGACCUUUUUGUUGUUACCGUGUAUCUUUCAGUGUAUUUCUGCUUGUGUUACGUAAUCCGUAUGUAGCAGUUCCACUCGACGCAGUGAAAUAGGUCUUGCUUAUUGCUGGGCGUGACUACCCUCUGACCUCUAGCAUACGCAGCCUUAAUAGAUGACUGUCGUUUGAGGUUGGGGCUGUGGGACGGCCGAGUGGGCAGUGAGACCGUUUCUGAUGCUCCUUAAGAGCGUGCACAGGUCCCGUUGGGACCUAAGAGGGCGUUGAUAUAUUAUGAAUAUAUGUUGGGACGCUCUGUGCUGACCUGGUGAUAUCUUUUGUUCUUCUUCUGUUCUGAGCGCUGACACUCUGUGACAUAAUCUCACUUUGUGAAACACAUCAACCACCACUUCUGUUCUCUGCUGACGCCUUUGUCUGACGCCUUUGUCUCUGCAGAUAUUGCAUAUAGAUAACUCAGAAUACUACACCUUUUUUGUACACUUUUUAUUCCCUGUCUGCCUCAGAAAACAUUGAAGAGCUUUGCUACUCAAACACUGACUUCUUCCUGAUUCUAAGUGAACUCAGGAAAAUCUAUCACCCAACACUGAAAAAAUGUACCGAGGAAGCAACAAGUUUCCAUUGUGUUUCCUUAAUGCUAACUAUUCUGUGUCACCUUUAAACAAUAGUACAAUGUCUUGAGCUCCACAUGACCGGCUUGCAAAACCUGCGGUUACAAUGACAGUGUUUCAACAUGUUUGACCACCUUCACCAGUUGCAGAUACUGUUUCUUCACAUUAAUUACAUAGCAAGAAAAAAACAAAACCAACAAAGCUUAGGUGUCCUAUGUGACAUGUAAGGAAUAAAACACGUUAUGUUUAAUGUAUGUUCCUAAAUGUAUGUUUAAUGGCUUUAUUAUGUAUAUGUUUAAUGUAAGUUUUUAAAUGUAUGUUUUGUUUUUGUUUUUUUUCUAUUAUAUGCGGACCCCAGGAAGACUAGCAGUGCUCUAGGGCACAGCUAAAGGGGAUCCUAACAAAUAAACAAAUGAGAUGCUGUUGUAGGAAAAUAAUCAGUAUUGGGGUGGUGUGGUGUGAAUGUGACGAUUACAUGUAUUUUUUUAAUUAAAGAAUGACACUUCAUACU